UGAAGGCUGAAGGUGUGUUUUUUUUUUUUUUUUUUGGGUUGGAAAGCACCACCAUGGCGACCAAGAUCAAAGGGAUCUAUAAAGGGUUCAAAUACAUCUCCCAGAUAUUCGUUGUCAAGGAGGAGCAUGAGAUGGAGAUUGGGUACCCAACAGAUGUUAAGCAUGUAGCCCAUAUCGGAUGGGACAACCAAUCUUCAAAUGCACCAACUUGGAUGAACGAAUUCAAGUGUUCUUCAGAUUUCUCUGCUAUGUCGCUUGGUAGCAUUGGAGGAGAAACAGAUCCCAGCUUCGUUCCUAUUUCCUCUUGGAGCUCUCAAGAUUUUGAUCAGUCAAUGGUGCGGCAACCAUCAUCUGAGAUGUUCAAUGAUGCAGCACCAAAAGACCUUCCAAAGGCACCGAAGAAACACAAAAGGAAGAAGACGAAGUCGACGUCGUCUCCCAAGUCAGUUUCUUCAUCGAGGGGUUCCAGAGCAUCUAAGCCUUCCUUUUCUACAACAGUAACUGAAAUGGAGACUACCCCCAAUAGCCAAGGGUUAUUACACUAAUCUAGUAACAUUGGUAGAGAUGAACUCUAUGCACUUUCAGUUUCAGACUUUGUGAACAGAAGAAGAGCAGAAAAGAUGGGAACCCUUCAAAGCUAGCAAAACGGUUGGUGAAUUCCUUUUUGCGUUUUAGGGAUGUUCACUCAGACAGGGCAAAAAGAAAGACACAACAAGAGGGUGGAUAAAUUUCCUUGUGUAAAUGAACAAAGCUUCCCUUUUUCUU